AUGGUCAUCUGGGAGUCGAAAGUACUGGCUGAAUAUCUGGAUGAGGUGUUUCCCUUGAGUUCGGUGCUCCCACGUGAUCCAUUUGAGAAAGCGAAACAGAAAGUUCUUGCUGAACGCUUAUCACCGAUGAUGAACGUCCUCUUCGACUUGUUUAGCUCAACAACACCAGCUACGCAGCGUAAAACUGACGAAAAGUUGCAUUCGGUACUACGUGGAGCUGAAGCCCUACUCACGGAUAGCUUUUAUGGAGGUCGACAGCCGGGUUUUGCUGAUUAUAUGCUGUGGCCAUUCCUGGAGCGACUUGAGCUGAUUACUUUGAAUCCAUACACGCAAUUCAGGUAA